AUGAGAACUUACAACCUUCAGACAGGACUCAGGGACUUCGGCAUCACUGUCAUCUACCCAUGUGAGAACCAGCUUGAGAAGGUGCCGACAGACCGUGACCCGGUGCUGGAGGUGGAGCUGGAGCUCCUGCCCGGAAAACACUGUUGCCGGGGCAGUGCGAGCUUCGGGCACCAUCUCAGGGUCAAGCUGAGACCACCCUGCUAA